GAAGUACGAGACAUGGCCGAAGAGUCUCUUCCUACCAAGCAAUUGGGGCUCUGCAGACAUGGUUUUCUCGAUUCUUAUUAACAGGUGAUUGCUUUUAGGGACGGAUUCUUCGGGAGAAUUCGAAGCCUACUCGAUGGACAAGUACGAGAAAGUAGAGAAGAUUGGGGAAGGAACUUAUGGCGUGGUUUACAAGGCUCGUGAUCGUCUCACCAAUGAAACCAUAGCUUUGAAGAAGAUUCGGUUGGAGCAGGAAGAUGAGGGCGUCCCAAGCACUGCCAUUAGAGAAAUUUCUCUCUUGAAAGAAAUGCAGCAUGCCAACAUUGUCAGGUUACAGGAUGUUGUGCAUAGUGAGAAGCGCUUGUAUCUGGUGUUUGAGUACCUGGACUUGGAUUUGAAGAAGUAUAUGGAUUCUUCUCCUGAAUUUGCAAAGGAUCCUCGCCAGAUAAAAAAAAUGCUCUGCUUGGAUCCGAGCAAAAGGAUUAUGGCAAGGGGUGCUCUUGAGCAUGAAUACUUCAAAGAUAUUCCAUUUGUUCCCCGAGUCAUUUCUUCCCAUUGUGGCAGUGUGUGUACUAUCGUUGAGCAUAUCCUGUUAACUUGGUUUGCAAGUUAAUUAUGUUGCUCUUAUGCUUUUUGUCGCUCAACUUUCUCACACGCAGUUCUCAUUAUAUUGAUUUGGCUAUCAGCAGACUGUAUCAUCAAUUUCCCCUUGUUUUGUGUUUUUUGUUCUUAUUUAUUUCUUUAUGUUUUCUGUCACGCUUUUACCUCUUCUUAGUUUAUGGUAUACAAGUUUUUCUAGAUUGCUUGUAAUUGGCAGUACAUGCCCUAUGAGAAACAAUUUUUCUU